AUGGCAAAGAAUCAUGUCCAGCAUAAGAGGACCAAACACAUAGAUGUGAGGCAUCACUUCCUCAGAGACAAUGUUGAUAAGAAGAAUGUGGUGAUGAGGUACUACAAGACGAAAGACCAAGUGUCUGAUAUCUUCACAAAGGCCUUUGCACAAGGCAUAGAGGAUCACCGACAUCUUCAGUAUAUGACUAACAGGGUCGAUAGAGAGAGACAAAAGAGGGAUAGGCCCGCUGGUUCAUAUGGAGAUAUUCAGGGUGGUCCCAGACCUCGAUAUUCUAGUAGGCCACCUAGACCUCCACCACAGCAGUUCCAGGGGAGUAUAUUUGAUCGUCAUGGACAGUCAGGCCCAGGUGAGGGUUCACGAGCAUCAGGCUCUCAGGAGCAGAGAGGCUCAGGCCAGGCUAGGACAGCACCGCCGCGUUGCACAACUUGUGGUAUGAUGCAUUCGGGAGGUGCAAAUAGGGUUCCACAGAUGCUUACAGCAAGAGGUUUAUUCUCAGGAUCGCCUUCGGAGGAUCCACAUGCUCACCUAGCCAAAUUAAGGGUAGUGUGCAAAAGUUGGGUAGGUCGACCAGACUUGGAUAUGAAUGUCAUUGGAUUACGAGUGUUCCCUCUUUCACUGAUAGGCGAUGCUGCAGUAUGGUUCACUGAGCUUCCUUAUAACUCAAUUUUCACAUGGGACCAACUAGCAGAGUUUUGCAAUAAGUUGUUCAAGGCACUACUUGAGAAAUAUGGUGUCCGUCACAAUGUAGCCACUCCUUACCAUCCACAGACUAGCGGUCAAGUGGAAGUAUCCAACAGAGAGAUCAAACAGAUAUUGACAAAGACUACUGUGAAUUCUAAUAGAACGGAUUGGUCAAUGAAGCUUGAUGUUGCUCUAUGGGCAUAUCGCACUGCAUACAAGACCCCCAUAGGUAUGUCUCCUUAUCAACUCGUAUAUGGAAAAUCUUGUCAUUUACCAGUAGAGCUAGAGCAUAAGGCGAUGUGGGUAAUGAAGAAGUUAAAUUUGGAUUGGGGCGCCGCAUCUCAUCAAAGAAUGGAUGAUCUGAAUACACUUGAUGAUUUUCGCCUAAAAGCUUAUGAAAGUUCAGCCAUAUACAAAGAAAAGAUGAAGAGGUAUCAUGAUCAAAGAAUUGAAAAGCGAGAAUUUGUGGUUGGAGAUCUUGUGCUCCUAUUCAACUCUAGGUUGCGCUUGUUUCCAGGCAAACUCAAGUCCAAAUGGACUGGGCCAUUUUUGGUCACAAAAUUGUUCCCCUAUGGGGCGGUUGAGCUUGAAAAAAAGGAUGGAAAAAGGUUCAUAGUAAAUGGGCAAAGAAUCAAGAUCUACCUAGGAAAUGCUGAAACUGUGGAAGAAGUGAUUGAGGCCUACAAUCUU